CCGAGUUGAACCGGAAGCACUAGCUAACCACCAUGGCAAACAGCAUGUAGCCGAAGCGUUGGACUCAUUUACAACAAGUCUUGUGUUUUAAAUCAACUAUUUUAACUGUUUUCCUACGAGUUCACAUUUUUUUGUAAGCUGACCGAGAAGCGUUUGACCACCGGAGAUGGGAGUCCCGGCGUUCUUCCGCUGGCUUAGCCGCAAAUACGCGUCAAUCAUUGUGCAUUGUGUGGAGGAGAAGGGGAAAGAAUGUAACGGAGUGCGUGUUCCUGUCGAUACGGCCAAGCCCAACCCCAACGAGGUGGAAUUCGACAAUUUGUACCUGGACAUGAAUGGGAUCAUUCACCCUUGUACACAUCCAGAAGACAAACCCGCUCCCAAAAACGAAGACGAGAUGAUGGUCGCCAUCUUCGAAUACAUCGACCGCCUGUUCAACAUCGUGCGGCCCAGGAGAGUUCUCUACAUGGCCAUCGACGGAGUGGCCCCUCGAGCCAAGAUGAACCAGCAGCGCUCUCGACGGUUUCGUGCCUCCAAAGAAGGAGUCGAGCUGGCCGAGGAGAAGAGUCGCAUCAGGGAGGAGGUCAUCCAGAGAGGAGGUUAUCUUCCACCUGAGGAGAUUAAAGAGAGAUUCGACAGCAACUGUAUCACACCAGGAACAGAGUUCAUGGACAACCUGGCUCAGUGUCUGCGUUACUACGUGGCAGAGCGCCUCAGCAACGACCCGGGCUGGCAGAACAUCACGGUCUUCCUGUCUGAUGCCAGUGUUCCCGGUGAAGGUGAACACAAGAUUAUGGACUACAUCAGGAGGCAGAGAGCUCAACCCAACCACGACCCCAACACACACCACUGCCUGUGUGGAGCUGAUGCCGACCUGAUCAUGCUGGGCCUCGCCACCCACGAGCCAAACUUCACCAUCAUCAGGGAGGAGUUCAAGCCCAACAAGCCCCGCCCCUGCGCCCUCUGUGGACAGGUCGGCCACGAGAUCAAAGACUGUCAGGGGACGGCCAGAGAGAAGCAGGGACAGCACGAUGAGUUUGCGGACACGAUGCCGACAUCUGAGCAGGAGUUCAUAUUCAUCAGACUGUGUGUGCUGCGAGAGUACCUGGCCAGAGAGCUGACCAUGGCCAGCCUGCCGUUCCCCUUCGACUUUGAGAGGAGCGUGGACGACUGGGUCUUCAUGUGCUUCUUUGUUGGAAACGACUUCCUGCCGCACCUGCCGUCCUUAGAGAUCAGAGAGGGAGCCAUAGAUCGUCUGGUCGGCAUCUACAAAGACGUCGUGCACAAAACUGGAGGUUACCUGACCCAGAACGGAUACGUGAACCUGGAGCGGGUGGAGCUGAUCAUGCAGGCGGUGGGCGUCGCCGAGGACAACAUCUUCAAGAAACGCAAAGAGGACGACGAGGGCUUCAAGAGAAGAAUGAAAGAGAAAAAAAAGCGGAUGAAGGCGGAGCAGCGAGGUCCCGCCUACAUGACCACGGGCCAGUUCGCCCCUCAGGCCCUGGGGAGAAGAGACCGGCCCGAGGCCGUCCAGAACGCCCGGCACCAGGCCUACGACAUGAGGAUGCAGCACAACAAGGAUGCAGCUCAGUCUCUGAAGGCUUCGAUUAGGAACGGUGGCAAUCCGUCUGCAGGGCCCAGCGGCAGCGCAGACAACAGGGGGGUGAAGAGGAAAGCUGAAGACAGCGACAGCGAGCCGGAGCCUGAAGACAACGUCAGGCUGUGGGAGGAGGGCUGGAAGCAGAGAUACUACAAGACCAAGUUUGAUGUGGACGUGAUGGAUGAGGAGUUCAGGAAGAAGGUGGUGCGGUCGUACGUGGAGGGUCUCUGCUGGGUGCUGCGCUACUAUUACCAGGGCUGCGCCUCCUGGAAGUGGUACUUCCCGUUCCACUACGCUCCGUUCGCCUCCGACUUCAAAGACAUCAAAGAGAUGUUCAGCGAGUUCGAGAAGGACACCAAACCGUUCAAGCCCCUGGAGCAGCUGAUGGGAGUUUUUCCUGCCGCCAGUGGAAACUUCCUGCCGCCGACGUGGAGGAACCUGAUGAGCAGUCCGGAUUCUUCCAUCAUCGACUUCUACCCCGACGACUUUGCCAUCGAUCUCAACGGCAAAAAAUACGCCUGGCAGGGAGUGGCCUUGUUACCGUUUGUGGAUGAGCGUCGUCUGAGAGCAGCUCUGGCUGACGUCUACCCCGACCUCACACCUGAGGAGGUGAGGAGAAACAGUCUGGGCAGCGACGUGAUGUUCCUCAAGAAGUCUCACCCGCUCUUCGACUUCAUCCACGAACUUUACCGCACAGAAGUUCAGGAGGGCACCGAGAUCCCUGCAGAGCUGUGCCAUGGAAUCCAAGGUACAUUAUAUCUUGAUGACGACCCUAUUCUACCAGAUAAGGCGGUGGCGUCCCCCAUCCCCAUGCUGAGGGACAUCGCACAGAACAGCGCCGUCGGAGUGAAGUUCAAGGAUCCCCAAUACGCUGACGACUUUGUGUUCAAGGCGGUUCUUCUCGCUGGAGCCAAGAUGCCCACUAAGGUUCUGAAGCCCGGGGACUGGGAGAAGGGGAACCGGGAGCCCUGGAGGCCUCAGCUGGGCUUCAACCCAAACCGACAGCAGGCUCACCUGGACCAGUCCGGCUUCAGAGCUCUGGGUCACAGUAUGAACAGAAACCACCACGGUGGAGGACAAUACAGCAACGCCCCGCCGCCCAGCAACUACCAACAAGGAAACUACCGUUCACACAGCGGAGGCCACCAGCCUUUCCAACAUUCCAGGCAGAACAGUUUGCUGGGAGCGCCGCCCUCCUUCCAGCAGCCCCAGUAUCCAAGGCAGCAGCAGUACGGCAGCGGUGGUGGCGGCGGCGGCGGCGGGGGUCACGGUUGGGAUCGGGCCUCGCAGGCGCAGCAGUCGGCGUACCAGCAGAACCAGAGCCGCAGCCAGCAGGGAGGGGCGGCACCGGCGGCCGGCGGCUACCAGCAACGAUUCGACAACCGCCGAGACGACUGGCGCGACCGCAGAGACGACCGCAGGGACAACCGGGGACAGCAGCACCAGGGCUACAGCGCGGGCCGAGGCUACCCUCCUCCUCCUCCCUCCAGGAGAUACAACUGGAACUAAACUCAAAGUAAAGUCGGACUUUGGGCUUUUUUCAGGGCGGGCGACCAUUUUUAGGGGAGACACGUAAUGUUUUUUUUUUGUUUUUUUUUUUUCUCUCUUGAUUUUAUUUGAUUUUUAUUGUCUUCUUGUACAAUUAAAUUUGUGCUACUUUUUUUUUUUUUUUCAUUUUUAUUCUGGAUUUAGAAGAAAAAAAAACCUCCAAUGUGUUGUGUAACUUGUGAUUUUUAAGACAAACGGCCUGUAAAACUUGUAAAAUACAAGUAAGUCAAAGUGUCCGCUGUGUUUAUUUAUGAGACAAAGUGGUCCAUGUGUUUAAAAAAACAACAAAAAAACAUGUGAAAUCAAAAGAUUAACAUGU